CGCUAAUCUGGAAAUCGCGGGAGGGGGGAAAAUGCAAAAAAUUGCGGGAGGGGGAAAUGUUUAACUAUUCCUACUUUCCUAGUUUGUUUGCAUUUUUUGAUUUAAUUGGUUUUAAAACCUACGCCAAGGGGAUUCAGGGCUACUAAUCUGCGAAUCGGGGGAAGCCGAUAAAGAAACCCAACCGGCGACGUAGAUGCACCUUCCUAAACAUACAUACAUAUAUAUAUAUUUUUGCCUCGUUGCAGCAGCAAGUGCGUCUCAUGCUCGUCCACCUACGAAAUUAUAUGUUUCUUCCUUUGGCUUUGUCACGAUCAAACUUCACUAAUAGGAUGCAAACCAGAGGAAUGUCUAUCAAAGCAGAAAUGGAUUCUCCAGAGCAUAAUGCAAAACCUGAAUCAGAGGUCCGUGUCUUUGUAAGAAGGAAAAGAUUGAAAAAGCUUGAAAUAGUUCCAGAGAAUGUUCACAAGUUAGAGCCUCAAGACCAGAAAUUUGGUAGCCUGCCUGACAUUGAAGAAUUUGCAUAUAAAAAACCAAGUGUUGAUUUAUCACUGAGAAAAUCUGAACCAAUCUCUAGUGUCCCUGCAAAUGUUAAAACUGAGGUCAAACCACCAUCGAAUUGGGUCAAAGUUCUAGAAGGAAUCCGCGAAAUGAGAUCUUUAGAAGAUGCUCCGGUAGACUCAAUGGGAUGCGAGAAAGCAGGUAGUUCCCUUCCUCCUAAAGAACGAAGGUUCGCUGUUUUGGUAUCUUCACUCCUAUCAAGCCAGACUAAAGACAAUGUCACCCAUGGAGCCAUACAACGCCUCCUUGACAAAGAUCUUCUCAAAGCAGAAACAAUUGAGGAAGCCGAUGAAGUAACCAUAAAAAACUUGAUUUACCCGGUUGGAUUUUACUCAAGAAAAGCUACCAAUCUGAAGAAAAUUGCAAAAAUAUGCUUGUUGAAAUACAACGGAGAUAUCCCAGACACCCUCGAGUCGUUGUUGUCACUUCCAGGUAUUGGUCCCAAGAUGGCUCAUUUGGUGAUGAAUAUAGCAUGGAAUAAUGUUCAAGGCAUAUGUGUAGAUACUCAUGUGCACCGCAUUUGUAAUCGUCUUGGAUGGGUUACACGCCAUGGUACAAAAUUGCCAACCAAGACACCAGAGGAGACAAGAGAGUCGUUGCAAUCGUGGCUUCCAAAAGAAGAAUGGAUCCCGAUUAAUCCUCUUUUGGUGGGGUUUGGACAGACUGUAUGUACACCUCUUCGACCUUCGUGUGGUUUGUGUAGUAUUAAUAAACUCUGCCCAUCUGCAUUUCGGGAGGCCACACCCAAGAAGAUAGUCAGCAAGAAAACAGGGUGAAUCACGGGUAUCUUCUAUGUAAACCUUUGAUUUUGUUAUAUAAGCAUUUUGUGACAUGCUUCUACUAACUGAUGGCCAAAAUAAUGCCUGUACAGUGUUUGUGCUUAAUUAAAUUAGCUACUCUAAGUGGCCUAUGAACCACCAA